AAUGCGGAAACUGAAACAUAAGACACAGGUGAAAGGUUACCCUUGAAACAAACUAGCACCACUCGGUGUACGUUAGCCUAAAAUGGCCAAGCAUCAUCCAGAUUUGAUCUUCUGUCGAAAACAAGCCGGUGUCGCUAUCGGGAGACUUUGCGAGAAAUGUGAUGGGAAAUGUGUCAUCUGUGACUCUUACGUGAGGCCGUGCACGCUGGUGCGUAUUUGUGACGAGUGUAACUACGGAUCCUAUCAGGGACGCUGCGUCAUCUGUGGAGGCCCUGGCGUGUCUGAUGCUUACUACUGUAAAGAGUGCACCAUCCAGGAGAAAGAUCGAGAUGGAUGUCCUAAGAUUGUAAACUUGGGCAGCUCCAAAACGGAUCUCUUUUAUGAAAGGAAGAAGUAUGGUUUCAAGAAGAGGUGAAGAGACUGAGGUCCUGUGUUUUAGCUUUGCAGUUUUUCUAAAACCACCAAGAUUUUUUUUUUUUCUUCAAUAAAGCUUUUUCUAUUUCUGUG